ACGUGCUCUUAUUUGGAUGCUCAUCAAUGGUCCCAAGGGCCAGGUCCUUUUUUCUUAAUCGGUAGAGUUUUCCUGAGCUGCACUCAUCACUUUUGCUCUCCUGUUUCUUGCCCACAGCCCUAGGAGGCAGGUAGAUAUCAUCCUUCCCUUUUUUUUUUGCUGAUGAGGAGAUGGUGUGGAGGGGAUUGAGUUGCUAGGCGUAAGAGCGGGCAGCCCACCGGCCUCCUGGCUCUCAGCCCCCAGCGCUUUCUACUAUCUUGCGCCAAAGCCUCAGAUGAGAAGGGAGCAGCCCCGCAUUGGGGGCAAAUCCAUGAUGUCAUUAACCCUGGAUCCACAGGUACCUGUAAAGAUAUGUACGGCUGGAUCAGACCUUCUUCAAGAUUCGGUUCCAAAAGCUCUUAGAAAUACACCUUAGACCGCAGCAAGGCAGCACCUGUCUGGCUACCGUGGCUCUGCUUUUGCAUUUCUCCAGGCGAUGGAAAGCAGAUGCGAAGGCGAUAAGCUGCACCUUGCAGAGGCUCUGGGCGAUUCAGACCGGGAGGAGCUCUCAGUCCAAGCCAGCUCUCUCCUCCCUGGUGACUCUGGGAUGGAUGCGUGUCUGCGCUCAGGGCAGCAGCCCCAGUCCGUGGACGAGGCACCGAGACCCCCGGAUGAGGAGGGACUACAGACAGACGGCAGCAGCGGACCCCCGGGAGGUUCUAACAAGAUAGAACCAUCGCUUCAAAGCCUCCAGAAAUUUGUUCCUAUGAGUUUCGCCAGUUACACCCAGGAGUGCUAUCAGUUUGCAGGCAAGAGGAUUGUCAUUCAAGAAUCGAUCGAGAGCUUCGGAGCGGUGGUGUGGCCAGGGGCCACGGCUUUGUGCCAGUAUUUGGAGGAACAUGCAGAGGAACUCAGUCUCCAAGGAGCUAAGACGCUCGAAAUCGGUGCUGGACCAGGCCUCGUUUCCAUCGUGGCCAGUAUUCUAGGAGCUCAAGUCACAGCAACGGAUUUGCCUGACGUCCUAGGGAACCUUCAAUACAAUCUUCUAAGGAACACACUAAACCAUACAGCACAUCUGCCUGAAGUGAAAGAGCUGGUAUGGGGAAAGGGCCUGGAACAGAACUUCCCCAAGUCCACGUGUUACUAUGAUUACCUGCUGGCUUCUGACGUUGUCUACCACCAUUACUUCCUGGACAAGCUGCUGUCCACCAUGGCGUACCUCUGCCAGCCGGGAACGGUGCUGCUUUGGGCAAACAAGUUCAGAUUCAGCAGCGAUUAUGAAUUUUUGGAUAAAUUCAAGCAGGUUUUUGACACAACACUCUUGGCUGAAUUUCAAGAGUCAUCAAUCAAACUUUUUAAAGGAGUGCUAAAAUGGGAUGCUAAAUGCUAA